AUGGCUGAAUCAUCAACCGUCAUCUCCAAUACGGAGAAUCUCAUGAAAUACAUGAACCUCGAUCAGCGAGGAUACGUCCAGGCUGAAUACGUUUGGGUUGACGCCACCGGUGGCUGCCGUUGCAAGACAAAGACUCUCUCCAAGCCUGUCACCUCUGUCGACGAGCUUCCCGAAUGGAACUUCGACGGCUCUUCCACCGGCCAGGCCCCCGGUGACAACUCCGAUGUCUACCUCCGCCCCGUCUCCAUCUUCCCUGACCCCUUCCGUCAAGGUGACAACAUCCUCGUCCUCUGCGAGACCUGGGAUGCCGAUGGAUCCCCCAACAAGUUCAACUACCGUCACGAGGCCAACCGCCUGAUGGAGAUCAACGCCAAGGAAGACUUCUGGUUCGGUCUGGAGCAAGAAUACACUCUCCUCGGCACUGAUGGCUGGCCUUACGGCUGGCCCCGUGGUGGUUUCCCUGGUGCUCAGGGCCCUUACUACUGCGGUGUCGGUACCGGCAAGGUUUACUGCCGUGACAUCGUCGAGGCUCACUACCGUGCUUGCUUGUACGCCGGUAUCAAGAUCUCCGGUAUCAACGCUGAGGUUAUGCCUUCCCAGUGGGAGUACCAAGUCGGCCCUUGCGCUGGCAUUGAGAUGGGUGACCACCUCUGGAUGUCCCGUUUCCUCCUCCACCGUGUCGCUGAAGAGUUCGGCGUCCGCAUCUCUUUCGAGCCCAAGCCCAUCAAGGGUGAAUGGAACGGAGCCGGUCUCCACAGCAACGUCUCGACCGCUGCCACUCGUGGUGAGGGUGGUAUGAAGGCCAUCGAGGGCUACAUGAAGAAGCUGGAGGCCCGUCACGCUGAGCACAUUGCCGUCUACGGUGAGGGUAACGAGGAGCGCUUAACUGGUCGCCACGAGACCGGUAACAUCGACAAGUUCAGCUAUGGUGUUGCCGACCGUGGUGGCUCCAUCCGUAUCCCCCGUCAAGUCGCCAAGGAUGGCAAGGGUUACUUUGAGGACCGCCGUCCCGCAAGUAACGCUGAUCCUUACCAGAUUAGCGGUAUCAUCGUCGAGACUCUCUGCGGUGGCCUCUAA